UCCUAAAGCGACAGUGCGAGCAAAUGUCCUCAGGUCACCCAAUCUCACAUCCUAACUCUCCCAGAAACAGUACCGGCUUGACAAACUUUAAUUUUUUUAGGGGAACUUGAUGGUGACCAAAUUCCGACAGCAGGGAAAAUGACACCAGCUGCCUCACAGGAGAAGGUUAACCGCGAAGGAAGAGAAGUGGAGGAAAGAAAACCAUGGGGCGACAAAAGGGUUAGCUUCCAGCCUCAUAAAGGCGAUAGCUUGAUGAUGGAAAGAGGGCGAGAUAAAGGGAAAGCAGCAAGCGAUGAUGAUGAAGGGCCGGCGAGAGCGCAGGAGACGCUGUUGAGUAUAAAGCUAAGAAGAGGGCUUGCAGUCGGGAAAAAGGCCAGACCUUGCACUCCUUCUCCUGUCUGGAAGCUGGAGGAGGACUGCGGCGAGGAGUUGGAAACAGACGCCGGAGUAGAGGAGAGGCGUCAGUCUGCAGCGAGACGGAGAGAGUUUGUUUCGGCGAGGAAGCUCGGAGCGAAUCUCUGGGAGGUGCAAGAUUUGUUGCCUGCCGUAGGGAUGAGUCGGAAGGGUGCGCGAACUCACCGCCGAGCGGAUGCCGGAAGGGAUCCUGAUGAUUUAUUGGCUUUUGGUUCGGCUGAUCCGCCUCGAAGUGCUGGAAGUUUAAGGAGGCAUGUUGUUGCUUCAUUAAUCCAACACCGCAACUCAAACGAAAGGAGGAACCAUUGUUUACGGUCAUCUCCUGCAACUUACAGUAGUUCUAUGGAGGUUACCCCUUUCAAGCCGGCAAUUAGCCCCGGCGGUCCGGUGGGUCUGAAGGGUCGGAUUGGAGAACCAGGAUACAGCUUGAAAACAUCAACUGAAUUACUGAAGGUGUUGAAUCGUAUUUGGAGCUUGGAAGAACAGCACGCCUCUAAUGUAUCUGUGGUUAAAGCAUUGAAAAUGGAGUUGGAAAAUGCAAGGGCGCGAAUUCACCAGCUGAUGCAGGAACAGAAGGACCAUCAUCACGAAGUGGACGAGCUGAUGAAUCAAAUUGCAGAAGAUAAAGCAGUUAGGAAGAACAAGGAGCAUGGAAGGAUGAAGGCUGCAGUUCAGUCCAUGAUAGAAGAGCUUGAUGAUGAGAGGAGAUUACGAAGGCGCUCCGAGAAUCUGCAUCGUAAAUUGGGUAAGGAGUUGUCUGAGACCAAAUCCGCGUUAGCAAAGGCGAUCAAAGCCCUUGAAAAUGAAAGGAAAUCAAAUAGUUUGUUAGAGGAUCUCUGUGAUGAGUUUGCAAGAGGAAUUGGGCAGUAUGAUAAAGAAUUAAGGGAGUUGAAGAAGAAAUAUACAAAGGAUUGCGAGCAUAAAGCCGACGGUUUGCUGCUUUAUAUAUCCCAAGUAUGGUUGGAUGAGAGAUUGCAGAUAAAAAUGGCUGAAUCCUGCAGUGAAAAGAUUAAAAAUGUCACCAUGGUAAACAGAUUAGAAGAGGAAAUCAUUUCAUUUCUUCAAGCUAGACGAGUAGGCAAUGUUAAGGAGGAGAGUCAAGAACAGCAACAUCAUCAUAAUUUGCGUCGUCUAUCCCUUGAAUCCCUCCAUUUGAAUGGCACCGUCAGCGCACCUCAUGAUGUUGAGGACGAUGAUUCCAUUGCUAGCGAUCUUCACUGCUUUGAGCUCAACAUGGAGAAAACUAAAGAAGCAGCUCCAGAUGCAAGAAAAUUAUCUUCUGGUAGAAAAACUGCAGGGUAUCAGAAAAGUAUCGAAGGAUUAGAAAGGCAAUCUGCAGGAUUGGAGUUGGAUUCAGAUGCUGAUUGUGGAGGAGUUGCAGAAGCUGAUAAGGGUGAAGUUUCUAAUUCUGCUGGUGGCGAUGAACGAAAUGUCGAUGCCAUGAAUGGCUUGAACUUGUUGACUCAUUACAUGGUCAAUAACCAUUUGGAGAAUUCUGGUGGCUUCAAGGUUCAUCAUGCCAACUAUCGAGGGGAAGUAAGUCGUAACAAACUCUCGGGAAGAGGGCAAUUUCGGCCGAACUUUGGCGAUGAUAUUGAAGGAAAUUUCGUCGCAGCAUCCAGCCCUGUGCAACAGUGGAAUCACAGGAGAGUAUCUGCUGACCUUGAGGCCUCAGAAUGCUCAUCCAAGAUGCCACAAGGACUGAAAGAUAACACUUUGAAGGCAAAGCUACUUGAAGCGAGAUUGGAGGGAAGGCAUGCUCGUUUGAAAGCUUUGAAAGGGUCAUGAAUUGCAGAAUCAGGUAUUAUAGAGUUACUGUUAGGGUUGCCAACUUCCUUCAAUAUAUUAUGUUUUAAGGAUAUGUAAUUAAUGGGAAAAAAUUUUGGCUCUUGAUAUUCUGAAUUAGUUAUGAGAAGAAGAUAAUUGUUGUCUUUGCUUUGUAAUUUGAGAGUUCCUGCAAAGCAAAAGAAAAUUGUGAGCUGUGUCUUUAGAAUUGACUCUGAAUGUACUGAGCAAAUUUUAUUUUCCCUUCAGUGUAUAUGGAGCUGCCUCUGCUUUCUCACU